AUGGAUGAUGAUGACACUUCACUGCCAGCUGAUACAUUGGCUAUUCUCCAACAAUUUCUGGCAGAACGUACGCAGCGUGAGCAUGAUGAACAACAACUUAUGAUAAACGUGUCUGGAUUAGAUGCACAUUUCGAAGAGGAUUGGCAACUCAGUCAGUUUUGGUACAGUGUCGAAACAAAACGAGCAAUUGGCGAUGCUUUAGCUAAAAUUGCCAAAGAACACGAUAACACAUCAUGUUUCCGGAUAGCUUUAUUAUCAUGUCCAUCGCUCUACGCAACGAUAAAAAAAUUGCAUUCGAAUGUCAAUAUAUUCGAAUACGAUAAACGAUUCGCUGCUUAUGGAACCGAUUUUGUGCAUUAUGAUUAUAAUGCUGUAGAUAGCAAUAAGGAUUACCUAAGUCAUCAAAAUCAAUGCUACGAUUUGAUAAUUGCGGAUCCACCCUUUCUAUCCGAAGAAUGCAUGAGGAAGAUGUCCAAAAUAGUAAAUAACUUACAACGCCGAAGCGAUUCAAAAAUUGUAUUUUGUUCUGGUGAAGUUGUUGAACCUUGGUUGACUGCCUAUUUGCCAGUUCACAAAUGUCGCUUCCAACCACAACAUGAACGCAAUUUGGGUAACGAAUUUGUUACUUAUGCAAACUUUAAUUUCGAUGAAUACUUUGAUAUUAAAUAACGCAAGAAUGGAUGUGCACUCCAAACACAAAUGAUUUUUUUAUUUAGUUGUUGCGUCCGCUUCCUUACGCUGUUGCACAAGCUCGCGCAGACCAUCUUCUUGAUCCUUCAGUGACUUUUGUAGAAAUUCCUUCUUUUUUUUCAAGCAGUUCAAUUGCCUUGUCGCAUUUGUCCUGCUUGGUCUUUAGCUCGUCACGCAUAUUUUGCACAUCUGUCAACAGAAACAUACGGCCAACAGACAAAUAUACUCUAUAAGGAAUGUUUUGGUUUAAGAGAUUAAAUUAUGGAUUAUACAUUUUGAUUACGACUACUCACUUUGUGUCGUCCGAUAAACUGCUGGUUCCUUUCUCAGUUAGCGUAUACGUCUGUUUACCUGUCUUCACCAUAUCACACUUCAUAUCAAUCAUGUUUAUCUUCUUCGUAGUGUCCAAUUUGUUAAUUUGCAUCUCAGUAAAUGCCUGUAAAACAAUUACAGAUUAUUUGUGAAAUCAAGAAGAUACUUUAUUGGUUUUGUCAGUUACCUUUUUCAAUUCCAAAUCCAUUUGUGCCAUUUUUAACGAAGAGGACUCAAAUAUAUUAUUAUUGGCCUUAAACGUUUUAGCUAUGCAAGUAA